CUCCCAAACUUUUGGAAGGAGUCAGAAUAUAUCAAGUGAAAUAGAUGAUAGUGAAUGUGAAAGAAGGGGUGACAGUGUCUAUGUUGAAGAACCUGAUGAGGGCAAGGAUGGGGUGACCCCAAGGAUGGGGAGAGUCCCUGCUCCGUGUUUUUUGGGCUGCAAGAGCAAUCCCCUUAUUUCUAGUGGGAAGAACCUUCAGAGAAAACUAAAAUUACUGUGAUUCAGACCACUGAGGGAUCUGUGGGGGAGGGAACCCAGAAGAGGGGCUGAAAGUUCUUAGAAGGGCAAAUCCCAGGAUGAAGAAGGACAUGAUGAUAAGCACAGAAGGGGCCCCCCAGCCAGAUGGGGAGGGACGUUCAAACCAAACCAAAGGAUUGGGGGGCUCUCAGCAAGUGCACACCAGGACAAUUGAGAAGAGACCAUUCUCUUGUGAAGCCUACACUCCAAGCACUUGCUGCACUAGCCUCCAUUGACUCACAAACACGUGGUGACCAAAUGUGAACAGACUGAAGUUUUGCUUGAAAAAGCAGGCAUCUGAGCACUCCAGGUGGGGGAGGGGGUGGGGCAGCAGGCAGCAGGCAAGAAUGAAGGGCGCAUCUGCGCUCUCUGGGCCAAGGAGGCGCACAGAGCACUGCUUUGCUGAGUUAACAGGCAGAAGCCCCGGAAGCGCACGUGUCUCCGAGGAGCUGCUCCGCCCGCACGGAGUGUCCAUCCUCUCCCUGCUGCAGGAGCGUGCUGGAGGGUGGUCCUCAUGCCCUCCUGUCCCUGUCCUGUCUGCUCAGCUCCCCCACCCAGGCAACAGGACAGGAAUGGCACUGACUUUGAAGUCAGACCCACCCGGGUUCACUCCCAGCCCGGCUGCGUCCCUCCAGCAGAUGCUGGUCAAGUACUUGCUGCUCUGAGUCUUAAUUUCCUCCUCUGUGGAGUGGGGGUGAUGACUCCCCUGCAACACCUUACAGAAGGCCUUCUUUACACACAACCAGACCUACAAGACUCCUGGGUGCCGGCAGGAGGCACCACAGGCAGCACGCGCUGCUCCCCAGUGGGCGUCCUCCUCAAAGGAGACCAUACAGCCAACGCAGGACCGGGAGCCGUUCUCUUUGGCCCCCUGGACACCGCGCAGGUGCAAGGGAAUGAGGCAGGAUGUUUUCCUGCACAAUCUGAAGGCCCUGCAGCUGCCUUGAAAUCUCCAGAAAGUCAGUGUACAAAUUCACUUAAUUUUAUUAAGUCUUGACCCAUGUGAACUAUGUACGGGAUGGAGCUGACAGCUAAAGGACGGACUGAAAAACGUUUCAGCUAUGUUGUCAGAGCCCCCAGCAGUGACGGGUUUGAUACAGUGAAUGUUGAUGUGAAGAUUGACACGUCCUGGAUAUUCCAGGACAUAGAAGAUGGUGGUGAGGAGCACGGGUGUCCUCCGGAAGAAGCAGCCGGAAGGCUGGGUGUGCAUAGAGGGGCGCUCAGGAAGCAGCUGGACUCCUCAGAGCAGAAGCUGUUGCCAGCUGUGGGCAAAUCCGUGAUGUCGGCGUCCAGGCUGCAGAGCAGAAUUCAGGAGCUGGAGCUGUCUGAGAGGGACCUUCUCCAGAGGGUGGACCAGCUGAGCGCCCGCGUGGUCCAGGAAAGAAGCGCCUCUCUCCGGGCCCAGGAGAAGCUGCAAGCACUGCAGGGGGAGCUCGUCAGCCAGGUUCUGGAGAAGGAGCGCGCGGCCCGGCGGCAGCGAGGGCGGCUGCGGCAUCUGCGGGAGCGGCUGCGGCGCAAGGACGCGGCGCUGGGGCGGCAGGCGGCUGCCCUGGAGCGCUGCCGGCGGAGCCAGCGGCGCCAGCUGGGGCUGGUGCGCGAGCAGGAGCGCGGCCUGCGGGCGCAGGUGCAGCGGCUGGAGCUGGGCGUGCGGCGCCUCUGCCGCGCCGCGGGCCUCCUGCUGGCCGAGCUGGCCGCCCCGGGCCCGGCCGGGCUCCCGGUCGCCGUCGACGAGGCCGCGGAGCUGCGCGCCCUGCAGGCGAGGGCUGAGCGCUGCGAGAGCGAGCGGGACGAGGCGGCGCGCCGGCUGCGGGAGCAGCGCGCCCCCGAGCGCCGGCUCCGCGGGCAGCUGGAGGAGCUGCGCUGCCGCAUCUAUGAGCUGAAGCUGUCGGAGAUCGGCCUGCAGGGCCGGGUGGAGGACCUCGCCCAGCAAAACAGGAACCUGCUGCAGGAGCUGGUUGCCCAGGCCCCCAGGGACAGAGCGCCCAGCAUCGCCUCUGCUGGUCACUGUAGCCUGGAUGCCCUGAGCCGUGUUCAGGACGAACCGCUGCCCCCACCCAGUGACGAGGCACUGACUGCCUGUAGAAGCCGAGGCUGGCGGACCUGCCUCCUCUCCGAUGGUGGCCCUGGGCCGAGGGGCUCAGCAGGCCAGUCCUCCGAGGGGCCCGGCACCCAAGGCUGUGCUGGGGCUGGACAGGCCCCCUCUGUUUCGCUGCCAGGCCUGGAGGCCACAGAUGCGCUCCUGAAAGACCUUACAGGAUCUGCCUGUGGACAGCUUACAACGGCUGUACCCAGCGCGAAUGAGCAGACCCUUCUCCUCACCUGCCACUGCCCCCCAGGGCAGCACGUGGGCAGCCCCCUCCUCCCCACGGACCUGGCCUGGAUUUCGGAGCAGAGGCCCGCAGCCACCCCGGCCCCAGAGUCCUUUCUCCUGGUUCAGACAUCCGCACUCCCUCCCUGGGGGCAGGCCGGGGACCUGGUUCCCCAGCGGCCAGUGCUGCAGCUCUGGGAGGCUUUCCCAGCAGACCUCCAGACCCAGCAGGUCCUGGGUGCCCAGCCCCUGCCUGCUUGCGAAGCCGCAGGGCAGCUCUGCCAGCACCAUUGCCAUGCAAGGUGCCAUGAGGCCUCCCUCUGCCAGGAGUCCCCACAGAUUCCAAGUCACCCAUUUCCCAGGAGGUGGCCUGAGGAUCCUAAAGACCCACGGAGGGAGGGCAGAGGGGACCCAGGGCAGAGAACUGGGGAGAGGAGGCUGAGGAGGACUUGGGGCAGUGAGGGGGAAGCGCGCGGUGGCCAGUGCCCACCAAGUGAGGACGGCCGAGAGAACCUGGGCUGGGAGGGCGGUGCUGGGGCUCCAGAGAGCCCUGCCUGCUGCCCUUGGCCCUUAGCGGAAGACAAAGAUUUGCCCCUGUCUCCCAGACUCUCCUUGUCACCCCAGGGGGCCAGCCCCACCAGCAGCCCAUGGGCUCUGAGCAGACGACCUGACAGGUCUGAGCUCAAAAUAGACAAAUUUGCAAAGAAGGUGGAGGCCUGUUUCCAGCAACUGUCUGUCCUGAAGCCUGGGAGUGGCAGUCAUCAACUGAAGGCUUCCACGCUGGCAGGAGAGGACGGGAGCUUUGCUUGGAAGUGGCACAGCUGCCAAGAGAAUGCUUAUUCUCCACAGGCCUUGGCAAAUCUGGGUUUGAAUAUUUGUUUUGCUAUGGAAGGAAAAGCCAAGGAGAGCGGCGAAGAUGUCAGGCCACGAGAGACUGAGGCCCUGGGGACCCGGGAUGUUCUUCCUGGGAUGGCACCUGGUUUGGACAAUGAGAGUCUGGGCCCAGAGCAGCCCUCUGAGCUGGGUCAGGACUGGCUCUCCCAGCAGCUGAGAGCCCUUGAGAGACUGAGGAGAGAGUUUCAUCAGCUUGUUUCUGAACUGAAGAAAGAGAGAAGCGAAGUCUUACACGACAAUGCCGAACUUCAGGGAGACCGAGAGAGGUGCCAUAAAAAGCUGUGUGGCCUUGAAAAAGAGAGGGAGAGAAAUGUGAAAAAAAUAUCUGUGCUUGAACACGAUAACUGUGUCCUGGUGGGAAACAUGGCUCACUUAAAGGGGGAGCUGGACCGAUAUUUGCAGGUCAUUUCUGACCUUGAAGACUGCAAUAGGAAAAGUUACAGCAAAAUUUCUGAGCUCGAAGAGGAAAAUGAAAAACUGAAGGGGCGUCUAGGCCAGGUCCAGAAAGCCAUGUCUGAGAGCGUCAGGCAGUCCAGAGGCAUGGUGAAGCGUGUCACGCUGGAGGACUGGGAGCUCCAGGGGCUGAUUUCAGAGCUUGGGGUCAGUUACAAAGAGCUGAUAAAGGAUGUAGUGCUGGGCAUAGAAGACAUGACCCAGGCCUUAAGUGGGGAGAAUGAACACCUUCUCCACAGAAUCCGGGUCCUGGAGGAGACAGUGGCAUUGGGGAUGAGUGGGGACAAGGGACUUCUGGUGAGAGCAAAGGAGGUCCUCCAGGGAGAGAGCAAGGUGGAGGGGGGCAGGGUGAACUCUGUCGAAAGGGGGGUGCAGGUGACUCAGCUUUCAGGGCAACUGACUGCAAGAGACCACGGGCCGCCCUUGGAGGACACAUCUGGGCUGGCUGGAGGGUCGGGGGGAUCUUCCUUGGGCACAGAGAAUUCCAGGUGCCAUGGCCCUCCUACUUGUCCAUCAGUGGUCUGGGGAAAUGCUGAUGCACCAGGCACCCUGAAAGGAAACAUCAGUGAAAUGGGAGUAAAAGAAGCACGUUUGGAAAAAGCAGAGAAAAGCCCAUGGUGUUCUGCAGACUGCAGGCGAGCUCUGAGGUCCCCGAGCAGUGGCCCCCAGCUGCAGGACCCGGAGGCCGGGACCCUCGAGGAAGACCUCAGGCUGUGCAUCCGGCAGCUCUGUCACCAGAUGCUCACCCUGCAGUGCCAGCUCAGAGACCAGGGCUCCCUACACUGGCAGCUACAGGUGGCUCGGGGUGAGGAUGCCCACCUGCAGGAAGAGCUCAAGGCCCAGCUCAGUGAACUUCAGAAGGAGCAGCAUGGAGCGAAUUUGGCCGUGUCUCCUUUGAAGGCUAAGCUGGCUUCCCCGGUCCGGAAGUGCUGGAAGAGGAAUGGCCUGAUCGUGCACCUGCUGCAGGAGCUGCGCAGACACGGGGCAGCGGAUCCCCUGCUCUCCUCUGCGGUGCAGAGCGUGCUGGAUGACGAGGCACUGGCCGAGUACGCGGCCACCUACCUGGCUCCGAGGGUACCAGAGGUAAGCUGCCACCUGGAUGUGGAGUCAGAGAGGACAUCACUUGUGAGAGCUCCGAAAUACCUUCUGAAUCCUGAAAUGGACAGUGUCCUCCCAAGACACUGGCAUACAGCGUCCUUGACUAUUCCCAAGGCUGAGUGGCCAGCACAGACAGCUCAACUGGACUCUCUGAAGGAAGGAAGACAGCUCAGAGGCAAACACAUCAAGCUGGAAAAUAUUACAUCCCUCCCGACUGACCGACGGAGCAGAGGCGGCCACAUGGUUUGCGACCCGCUCUAGGAAGCUCCGUGACAAGCCAGAAGACCACCUCCCUAUCUCGUCACUCAUGGGAACAUCUCUACUUUGUAUAACACCAGUCGGGGGACCGAAGAGAAGGCUGCUGACUGGCAGGAGCCCAUAGGUAUUAGCACAGGGUGGCAGUGGGGUCUGGAAUCCCAAGGUCCUGGCCAGCUCUGCCACUCCUAAGCUGUGUCACUUGCCCAAACUACUCACCUUCCUUAACUUCCAUUCUCCAUUUGUUGGAGGGUCCUAAUGCCUACUUGACAGCUUUGUUCUGACAACCAAAGAAGCUAAUGGCUGUUGAAGUGCCCUGGACACUGUAAGAUGCUUUCCACAUGUCAGGGAUCAUUGUUGUGUAUGAAAUGUGAUUCCAUCUUCUCCCGUUCACAUCACUAACGGUCUCUCUGGAGCACACAUUACACUAACUGUUAUGUGGCUGCCAGAGAAGAUGGGUAAUGUGGUGCAUAGCAGGAUAAUGGUUUUAAAAAUUUCUUAGUAGUUGUUUUGAUAUUAUAGAGUUCCUGCAGAAGCUUGGGAGGUUCUAACCUUGUAGAAACUUGUAUACAUGUAAGCACUUCCCUAGGGAGAGGGACCAUGCAUUUCAUCAAAUUCUCAUAUGAGACUGGGGCCCCCAAGGGCCAAGCAUCCCUAGAGAGAAAAGAUCCCAUUAAGGAACCCAGAGACCCAGCUCUGCCUCUAACUUGCUGAUGACUUUGAGGCCAUCCCUUGGCUUCUCUGAACCUCAGCUCUUCAUCUGUGAAAUGGGUGCAACCACAUGCCUUCCAGUAUCCCUCUCAGUCUGACUUCUGAUGUGUCUGUAGCGGCUCCCUGCUUUGUGUCCUCCAUCGGAGAGGGGACUCUUCCUGCCACAGCAAAUACUGGGUUCCUACCGCAUGGCAGGCUCUGGCCUGCUGGGAGGGUCCCAAGCCCGGCCUUCUGGCUUCCGGAGCAACAGAGAGAUCUUCUAUUCUAAACACAUGUCACUUCAGACAACUGUGUCCACAGAGCCCCUGAGUAACCACCGCACCCCAGCGUGCCCGAAGCAGCGUCCCCAUGCCAAGUCAUUUGGCUGGGCAGAUAAAGAGCAUCAUGGCCUGGAACACUGUGCCGCCAUCAGGGGGUUUGUUCCCUCUAAAAACACUUCUUUGUCAAUCACAGGAUUGUGAGGCCAUCUUACUUGGGCAGUUGGAGACUAACAGGGAUAUUGAAAUCUAAGCCUCCUCCAGGAAGGCAGAAUGAAAAGCAGAAUGAAAUGCAGCCUCGAUGGGCUGAGUCCUUUCCUGCCCUUGCUGCUGUGGCAGAGGUUGGUGGCAGGAAAGCAGGCUGGUGGACGGGCUGCCCCAUGUCUCGGACCUCAGCAGAGCCUGGGCGGGCUCAGUGAGGGUAAGCGACAGACUGGCACCAUGACCCAGGGGACAGUCCGAGAGAGCUCUCAGUCCAUAGUGGGCACAUGGGCAGCCUUUGGCCCAGAUCUUGCUCACAAACAUGUUUUGUCUGACUCACAUUUUUUUUAAUUGUAGUAAAACACACAAAACAUGAAAUGUGCUAACUUAAAUUACCAUUUUUAAACACCUAGUUCAGUGGCAUUAGGUACAUUCACAUUGCUGGGCAACCACCCUCACCAUCCAUCUCUGGAACAUUUCCAUCUUCCCAGACUGAAACUCCAUCCCCAUUGAACACUGCCCCCUAUUCCCACUGCCCCACCCCCGGCAACCUCCAUCCUACUGCCUGUCUCUGUGAAUUCGGCAAUUCUAGGGACCUCCUAUGAGUGGGUCCUUCGUUUGUCCUUUGGGGACUGGCUUAUUUCACUUGGCAGCAUGUCCUCAGGCUUCACCCAUACUGUCGUGUAGAUGAGACUGUCCUUUCUUUGUAAGGCUAAAUAACAUCCCAUUGAAUGGAUAGACCACACUUCAUUUAUCCAUCUACCUGUCGAUGGACACUUGGGUUGCUUCCACCUUUUGGCCUGUGUGAGUAAUGCUCCUGUGAACAUGGGGGUAUAAGCACCCAGGUUGUAUUUACUAAUAUGGGGAUUAGCAUAUGAUAUUUGAAAACCAAGAGAUCUCUCAUAAAUAUCUGAAUUUUCAGCUUCACUUGGAAAA